CUCGUUUAUUAAGCUAGAAGCUCAUGCGAUUUUGCUAUUUGCGCGGAAUUCUUAUCUUUUAUAUUAUUAUAUAGGCGCUCGAUCAUUAUUCUAAAAGCUCGAAUCAUACUAUGUUUAUACGGAAUCCUAUGUAAAUCUUAGAUCAUUAAACUAAAAGCUUGCAUCAUCAUGCUAUUUUACGCGGAAUCCAUAUCUCUUAAAUUGUUAAGUAGACUUGAAUUCCAUCAUUAUAUACUAAAGUUAUACUUGGUUUAUUGAAUAGAUAGCCUGAAAUAUAAUGGAAGAACUACUUUUUAAUUUUUGAGAGAAAUAUUUAUUCCAUUAAAUCAUGGAAUAACAAUUGUAAGAAACUAUUAUUACAUAAAUCAAACUACGAAUUAACUAUUCUACUUUAGAACUAUUCUAUAAACCAAACAUAGCGCAAAAGUUCGACUCACGCAAUUUUGAGUGGAAUGAGCCUAUCAAUGUGCAAUGCUAUCAUAAUACCGAAAAAGAGCAACUAAAGUAGUCUUUCAAUUCUAAUGAACUACACCUCCCAUUAUAGUGGAGAUAAAAUUAGGUGAUUCUAUAUUGUGUCCAAGUCAGCAAUCUACCUUGCAUGCCCAUAUUGUUUGAGAAAUCUGACCUUUUUUGCAGAAAAAAGUAAGAGAAUCAACUUGACUACUUUUAAGUUGUCUACUCUCUUCCAUAAGAAAAGAUACCACAAACCAUAACUCAUUUGGUUAGACAUUCAACUCCAUUAUAGAUGUUCCUGCUUUGAUUGUAUUAUCCUUUGUAGGGUUGUGUAAAAGAAUUUGGAUGGGACCCUUGUUGGAUUAAAGGUGAGGUGAGAUAUUGUAAGUGCAUAUGCUUUGCUCGUUAUCUUGAGGUUAAAGGAAGCGGAAAAUUGCAGAAAGAUGAAGUUUAUGAAACUUGGGACGCGCCACGAUACCUUCUACACAGAAGAGGCUACCAGGUCUGUGAUUUCGGAUGUACCUAGUGACCUUGUCAUUCGAAUCAACAACAUUAAUUAUCUUCUUCAUAAGCUGCAGUUUCCGCUUCUUCCGAAAUGUGGCCUCCUACAAAGACUGUGUUCCGAUACAGAUGAUUCAAGCGCUAUUACUAUCGAACUUCACGAUAUUCCAGGAGGAGAAGAGGCUUUAGAGCUGUGUGCCAAGUAUUGCUAUGGCAUAACAAUAAACCUGAGUGCCCAGAAUAUUGUACCUGCUUUCUGUGCAGCUAAGUUCCUUCGAAUGACUGAAUCUGUCGAAAAGGGAAAUUUUGUUCUCAAACUUGAGGCAUUUUUCAAUUCCUGCAUUUUGGAAGGUUGGAAGGACUCCAUUGUCACAUUACAGACUACGGUUAGGUUGACAGAGUGGUCGGAGAAUCUCGGAAUCAUCAGAAAAUGCAUUAAUUCAAUCGUCGAAAAAAUCCUUACUCCCCCACCAAAGGUUACAUGGUCCUACACAUACACCAGACCAGGGUUUAAAAAGUCUCAGCAAUCCGUCCCCAAGGAUUGGUGGACUGAAGACGUAUCUGAUCUUGAUAUAGAUCUCUUUCGAUGUAUAAUCACAGCCGUAAGAUCUACAUACAUGCUGCCACCGCAACUUAUUGGUGAAGCAUUGCACGUAUAUGCUAGUCGUUGGUUACCAGACAGUACAAAAACUCAUCCUGCACAGAUUUCAGUCACUCAAAAUGAAGAUACAGAGAAAAACAGAAAAAUUCUCGAAGCCAUUGUAAGUAUGAUUCCAGCAGAUAGAGGGUCAGUAUCCGUUAGCUUCUUGCUAAGACUUCUUAGUAUCGCGAAUUACUUAGGAGGAGCAUCGCCUAUUACGAAAACAGAACUCGUUAGGAGAAGCGGUUUGCAAUUAGAGGAGGCGACGGUGACUGAUCUAGUAUUUCCUUCACAUUCAUCAUUCAAUCAGUGUUCCUAUGAUGUUGAUUUGGUUGCAUCAGUAUUGGAAAGUUUCUUAAUGCUAUGGAGAAGACAGUCACCGCAACCUGUCGAAAAUUCGCAGUUUAUAAGAUCGCUUAAAAAUAUCGGAAAGCUCAUCGAUUCGUAUCUGCAAGUGAUUUCAAGAGAUAAGAGCCUGCCUGUAUCUAGAAUGGUUUCACUUGCUGAAGCUUUGCCUGAUAUUGCAAGGGAAGUUCAUGAUGACCUUUACAAGGCAAUCAACAUUUAUCUCAAGGAGCAUCCCGAGCUGAGUAAAGAAGACAGAAAACGUCUCUGCAGGCAUCUAGACUGCCAAAAACUAUCGCCAGAAGUACGAGCACACGCAGUGAAGAACGAACGACUGCCAUUAAGAACCGUGGUGCAAGUCCUCUUCUUUGAACAUGAGAAAGGUUCCAGAGCAACAGAUCAGAGAAUGCUAAACCAGGAGACAAGAAGAGGGAAAAAGACGCAAAUUUCCGAAGAAAAAAUAAGUAAAAUGCAAGAUGAACAAUCAACUGAAACUAUUCCAGAAGGCAGCACGAGAUCAUCAGAUCAUCGGAAAAUGAAGAAACAGCAAGAAUCUGAAAGAAAGUUACCGGGCGGAGAAGAAGGAAGUUCAGGAAGUAAAAUAGACCCCAAGAAUAUAAUUCAGAGCAGAAGUAGAUCGGACCGUGGCCGUGACAAAUGCAGAGACAGGUAACAAAAUCAACAAGAAUAAAAGUUUUAUCUGUAUCCUUAUAUAUAUUUUGGCAAUGCUGUGUCUAUGCAAUUUCUUCUUUCCUGCUCGAUGCCUGAAUUCUGAAACUCAAUUCGAUCAUUAUUAUUAGUAAUAUGUACAAUCAUUAAUAUAGUGUUGUAGAUAUUAAAAUAAUACUAUAAUUCAUUAUUUUUAA